UGUUUACUAAAAUUUUUGCACCGUCUCACUGUCUCAGUGCUUUCAUAAUACAUUAUAGUUCGAAAAAUUCAAUUUUCAGGAAAAAUCUUAGUUUAUGUGAAUUUUGUUACAUUUUUUAUAGGAAAAUGUUGAAACAAGUACUGAAAACUGGUUAUGGGUUAAAACCUUUUCGGGUUACUCAAAGGAAUUUCCUGUCAGAAGCGUACUUAUGUCGAGAAGAAUGGCAAGCACGUCUUACCACACCGGUGUUAGCCAAAGUGAACCACGAUGCUCUAUAUUACGAACUGGAGCACAAAUUCCAGCGAAAGAACAAAGUAUCCGCUAUUGAUAUCGACAUAUACGCCAACAAGUUGCUGGAUGACUCCCACAUCGACGAAGUGGCAGAUUUGUUGUACAAGUUCCGUCUAACGGAGGAAGCAUCGAACGUUUUGCCGUCUACUCAGCACGCAAUUGUUCGGAACUACAUUCAGCACAGUCGCUAUGCAGAACUGAUCGAGAUGCUGGACAACAGGAUCGGUUAUGGCGUGUUUUUGGACGAUUUCACGGCGAAUUUGGCGCUUAACCAGCUGGUUACGACCAACGAAUUCAAAUGGGCGGCAAGGUUUGCAACGCUGCUUGGAUUGCAGGAAGAUUUCGGUAAUCCAAUAACCAGAGCGCUUGCAACUUACGGGAGCUAUAGAUAUAUCAAAGAUGGUGAGAUAGAUCACUUUGACGAUUUGGUUCCGCCACCGCCGGUGGAUCCUGCUGAAACCAAGAAGAAAAAGAAGGAAGAGAUUAAGGUUCGAGUGAAGUUUCUGCGGAACGAGUUCUUUGACGAUCACUUCGACUUGCGAGAUUCAAAGCUGCUGCUAGGGAAGACUUUCUUCACAUUAGGGUUGAGUCAUGGGGCUGGUGUGCUGGGGGACAGCUGUCGACUUCUGGGUUUAGUGUUGUACGGAAAGUGGGAAAAAGCUGUUGCGCUGCUUGGCCAAGGGUUAGAAAUUAACGCGGAUGUGGCCAAGCUAGUCAGAACUUUUGCUGAGAAAGUAGAUAACAAGGAGGAUGAGCAAUACAAUAAGUUGUUGGAAGCGCUCAGUGUGCUCGAAUCCAAUGCUAAAUUGAGCAGCGAAAGUUUUGAGAAGUUGCUGCUGGAUGAUAUCAACAAGAGUGUUGCUGAGAACGAACAAAGCCAGAUCAAGGAACAGGCGAAAAUCUACAGCGAAUGGUGCAACAUUCGGCAUCAGAGGCUUGACGAUGAGUUGGCCCGAUUGCAGCGUGCCAAGCGCAUCCAAGAUGUUGAGCGAUUGGCCCAUCAAAUGGAACAGGAGGAGCAGAAGCUGUGGUUCUUUGAAAACGAAGAUAAGAUUGAUUUGCAGAUCGAUAGCAAAAAAGUGAUCUAUCCCAAGCGCUGGUUCGGCAAAAAGAAGAAGCCACGUGUCAUCGACGAGGGAUACGUUCCGCCAGAAGUUCGCCAACGACAGGGCCAGUAGUUCUAUCAGAGUUAGAAAGGUUCUUUCAACAGCAAUGGAAGGCAUUCAAUAAAGCUUUUAAUGGGCACUUUAGUGUA